UGGUCAUCCAUUAAAUCAGUCGACUCUCACUCAGGUCUAACAUACAGUCUAUGGUCUAACAUGACUCAGCAGAGUGACUCGAGCAGCGCUAAACCAUCUGAAUCUUUGUGUCUAGAAUAAUGCUGAGGCAGGAACUGUGAGUGGAUGCAGCUAGAGGGAGAAGAGAAGGUCCUAUACAAAGAUUUCAUGAUGGAUGUGGAGGAGCUGGAGGAACCAGAUGAUGUUCAGGAGCCCAAAGGCUUGCUCAGUGAGAAAAGGCGGCACUCUGGUGGAGAUGAGGUUCGACUUCGUAGAGCUGAGUCCUCUGGCCUCCUGCCUUCCUCCCCUCUCUGUGUGUCACAGGACGGUUGGGGAUUAAGAAGUGGAGGAGAGGAUAUGCAAGACAAGCUGUUGUACUUGUGUUGCACAGCAGAGGGCAGCAUUGAUCAGGCAAUUCAAAGCUCCUUGGAGUACUGGGUAUGCCCAGAUAACCAGCACAAUGUGGCCGACUGUCCCCUUACCCCCCCAACCAGCCUUCCUGCAACUCCAGUAACCCACAUGCCUUGUCCAGUCGUGCCUGUACUGGGAUCUGCAGUGAAGCCCAUGAUACCAAGCCCGAUGACUGGUACCUGUAGUCCCAUAACGUCCAUGUGCAGUCCCACUGGUUCAGCCUGGGACUCUCUCAGAUCCACAACCUGGAGUCCUGGAAGCUCUGACCAUGAUCCUGUCAGUGCUGCGGCUCACCUGCAUCUGUUGGGGGAAUCCUUGUCCCUUAUUGGACAGCAUCUUCAGGAGACAACUAAAACCGUGAGUUUGCCGAGUGGCUUGUCCCUGCUCCUGGACUCUCUGCUGUGUGCCCUGGUUCCUCUGAUCUCCCUCACCUCACAAAUACCAGAGCUGAGGAGCUGCACGCAGCACACACUGGCCCCCACUCUGGAAAACAUUAACUAUUUGAUGCCCGGGCUGUGAGUGAUGACAUUGAACACACGAGCGGGUUUCUGAACGAUACCAAAUGUUAGUUUACAUUAAAAGAAGAAAGUAUGAGAUCUCUUUUGUUCUCAUGUUUAAUUGCACUUUAAAAAUAAUUUAAGUUGGAUCACAAAGAUUGAAGUUAAGUUAAGUUGGUCAGGCUUUGUUGUUUGAUUGUUCAGUUUAAAAGAAGAAGAGAAGAGGCCCUGAUAGGACAUCAAAGACACUUAUAUCUAGUCUCUGACAUGAGCUUGUGUUUAAACUCCGAUAUGAAUUGGGAGGGGUAAAAGAACUGCAUAGGCUUUUAAUAAUGUAGCCGUGUGUUUGACGGCAUAUAGCCUACAGUCAUAGAAACCACUUAUCAAUGUCUGUGAAUACUCGUUUAAAUGCAUGCAUGCAAGUUUGAUGACAUCAGCAUGAACCAGGAUUCAUGUGUGAGUGUGUGAUGGUUUGCACUCUGUUAAUAAGAUAUAAGUUUACAUGG